AUGGCAAGCCGUUUCUCUGGAUGGCUUCACGGCAUCGUCAAUGACGGCCCUCAGAAGCUGCCCAAGAGACGUAGACACGUACUCACCCCAACAUCCUCGACGGCCGACCUUUCUGUCCAACCUCGGCACGAUGCUACCGCCGACAGCCCCCUGUUCCAGAGGCUUCCCGCCGAGAUCCGGAUUCAGAUCCUAACAGCCGCCUUUGGCGAGCGUACACUGCACAUGGACGUGCUGCUAAGCUACCCACCGUUGCGGCGUCAACCCAUCGGCCGAGACCGUGCCGCCCUGGGCCACGCCGGCCUCUUCAUCGAGCCUGGCAAGGCCGACGACGGCAAGUUCUUUCCCAUACUCGACACCACGACACGUCAGGCCUGGCAAUGGCACGGUUCCGUCUGCCACCGCAACCCGCCCGGAACGGCUGUAAACGACGGCCACAGCGUCCAGCCAUGCCAGGAUCAGUGCCGCAGCGGCAUCACGCCGGAUGAUGCGUGCAAGCAGUGGCCAGGCGUCGCCCCUGACAAGUGCCGCAUUGGCGCCUUGGGUUGGCUGCAGUCUUGUCGACAAGCCUACUUCGAGGGCAUCGACAUCCUCUACGGCACAAACACGAUACAUACCGCCAGCAAGGCGCUGAUUCUCGACAUCGAUCGACUGCUGCUGCCCCAGCGCGUAGCGGCCAUUACCUCGCUCGAGGUGCUGUGGGACUUCGGGUCGCAUCCGCCAUGGGCGGACAGCUUCCCCAGCAAAACCAGGGAGCUCAUGCAGGAGUUUGAGGACAUGCUGCGUGCCAUCCUGUCGUCGUUCCACGGGCUCAAGACGCUGUACAUUUCGGCGCAAUGGACUGGGAGGGACCCUGUCAUUGCCUACUCGCGCCAGAUGGGCGGCGGGUCAGAGGACGCCGUGGAACGGCUGCUGAUGCGGCGCGUCGACGGCCUGGUGCGGAUGCUGCCGGCACGGGUGACGGACUUUGCUUUUGCGGUGCCCAGCUCGAUCUACGUGGAACAGUGCAACGUGGCGCGUGAAACACCAGGCAGGACGGUGGAGCAUGUCUCAGACGGUGCGCGAUACGAAAGAUGCUGGCGGCCGGUAGACAGGGGCGUCGCGCAUGCGGGAUACUGGGUGCGGCUGGGCCAGCGAGACUUGAGGAUCAGCGAGCACAGCCCCAUGUCGGACAGCCUGCUGCCUCAUGAAUGGAUCUUGUACGCGCAAUGA